CCAAUAAACUAAAAAGAAGAAGAUGAUCUGAAGUCGGUGGCAUGCUUUCUUUUAGCCUACUGUCUAUGUUGGCAUGUCAUGAAAUGGACACAAUAUUUCGCGGUGUCGCGGAUUUAAACAUUACAUCGGAUUCGUCUCGUGUUGAGAGCCACCACCUUACCACAUCGGUAGAAGAGGAAGAUUUCAUAUUAAAAGAUCUGUUAGAGCUUCCUAUUGAAAUUUGUGAGAGACGACCCACUUGUUUGCGGUGCUGCCGGCCAGAGAAAGUAUGCCUUUGCCCAUUUCUCCCUGGGUGUCCUUUGGAUGUGUCCACUUGUUUAUACAUUGUUCAACAUCCAGCAGAGGAGAGCAGAGUUCUUCGCACGGUGCCUCUGCUAGCUGCCUGCCUGCCGCCUGGGAAAUGCAAAGUUUUUGUUGGACGGAGGUUCAGUGAAGAAAGGAAUCCCGAGCUGGCUGCUGUCUGCCAACACAGCAAAACCCUCCUCCUUUACCCAGGGGCAGAAGCUCAAAACUUGCAAGACAUGAAUGAAAUUGUUACUGGAGAUGUGCAGAAUGUCAUUAUUAUUGAUGGAACAUGGAGCCAAGCCAAGGACAUGUUUUUCAAGAACUCCCUCUUUCAUCUUCCUAAACAGGUGCAGCUGAGCAGCACACCUUCAAGUCAGUAUGUUAUUCGCACUCAGCCCACUAACAUGUGCUUGUCAACACUGGAAUGUGCAGCCAUUACUCUGUCUAUUAUGGAGAAGGACCCAGCCAUCCAAGAGGUUCUACUGAAGCCCUUAAGAGCCUUGUGCUCAUUCCAGCUGCAACAUGGUGCUCAGGUUCACCAUAGCAAAGAACACCUGCUAAAGUGUGGCCUGUAUGACAAACCACUGCCCAAAAACAAGCGCAAGAUGAAAAGAAUUCAGAAACUUAUUACCAAUCAGAAGAUCUGAGACAUACUAUAACCAGAUUGAAUGAUAAGAACACAGAUUUGACAGUCCAGAAUUCAUCACCCGGAAUGUCUGUACAUCAUAGAACAGAUGCCACCAAAGAGAACAAUCAACAUGCAACAAAUCAAAUUGAGUGUUUAUGUAAUGGGGAAAGUAUGCUCAGUACUUUUAAGCUGGCCCAGAAGAGCAUUAACAUAAUGCACCUGUUACAGUUGAAAAAUUGGGGAGAGGUAGUAGGUUAAGUUAAAUGUUGUAUGGCCGACACUUGCCUCCAGAUUAUGUAAAGCUUUACACUUUACAAAUUGUCUAUCUCUCUUAAAAUAUAUAGGAUGUUGUCUGUCAUUGUUUUCUCGAAGUUUAAAAUCUCUUUUCUUUUGAUGAGUAAAGGAAAAGGGUCAUUUUAUUUUUGUCAUUCAGUAUCUGUGUGAUGUAUAGAAAAUUACAACAGGAAAUGGGCCUAUUGAGUGUUUGGUCCCUAAUACCCAGAGUUGUAUACAUUAUCUUCGUCAGAUAUCAUCAUUGUUUUGUGUUUAUAUAUUAGUGGUUUGCCAUUUGAUGUGCAAAGUGAGGGUGUGUAACAGUAUAAUGCAUUGCGUUUUCUAUUGUUCUUAUUGGUAUUAUUACAUGCAAAGCACCCUCAGUAUAGCAAGUAACUUUUUAUUCAUCUCACAAGUAAGACAUUUUAUUUUUACCCCAUUGCAUAGAAGAAAAUGUCUCCUUGAAGUGUAAAUUGACAUGUUGUUAAUUGUCCUUGCCUUUCAGUGGUGUAGGGCAGAAAGUUCUCCCCGUAAACAUUUGUACAACAGCUGCAUUAAAUUUAAUUUGCAAGAUG